CCGAGUCUCCGCCCGGCUCCGCCUGGCGCGGUGGCUGCUUUCGUUCAGUCACCUCAGCUCGAUACGAAGCGGCGCACCACUGCGAGUCUUCCACAACGCCAAGACGGAUCUGGAGGGACUCCGUCAUGGACGACGAACCUCAGCUGGAUAAGAUGGAGAAACAAAUCGAGGCUCCGUUGAGGUACCCGCGCUCCGUCUUCUUCAUCAUCGUCAACGAACUGUGCGAGCGCUUUUCGUUCAUGUCGAUGCGAGCUGUCUUGGUGUUGUUUUUGAAGGACGAACUUCGCUUAAGUGAGGACGACGCCACCAUCGUGUUCCACACCUUCAACAUGACGUGCUACGCGUUCCCCAUCGUCGGCGGCAUCGUGGCGGACUCCUGGCUGGGCAAGUUCAGGACCAUCCUUUACCUUUCGCUGGUGUACGCCUUGGGGAACAUCGUGCUGUCACUCUCAGCUUGGACUUCGCUCGGUCUGCCUGGGUUCCCCUUGACGUGCGUGGGCCUGCUGCUCAUCGCCGCCGGCACUGGCGGCAUCAAGCCCUGCGUGUGCUCCUUCGGCGGCGACCAGUUCCUGCUGCCGCAGCAGCGCCGCCAGCUGGAGGCCUUCUUCCGGCUCUUCUACUUCGCAGUCAACGUGGGCGUCACGCUGGCCGGGCUGGUGACGCCGCUGCUGCGCACCACGCCCUGCCUCGGCCACGACACGUGCUUCCCCGCCGCCUUCGGCCUGCCCGCCGCGCUCAUGGUGUUUUUCUGCGGCGUCUUCGUAGCGGGCAGGCCCAUGUACAUCAUGAAGAAGCCUGAGGGGAACGUCCUGGUCCAAGUCUGCAAGUGCAUUUCGAGGGGCCUGUGGCGCCGAGUGCGGCACGGCCGUUCGACUGGGUCCCACUGGCUGGACUCUGCCGGCCCGGACAGCCUGGUGGCCGACAUCAAGGUGCUGCUGAGCCUGCUGGUGCUGGCCCUGCCGCUGCCCGUCUUCUGGGCCCUUUUCGACAUGAUCGGAUCGCGAUGGACGUUUCAGGCCGUGCAGUUGAACGGCGACCUGGGCGGCGGCGUCACCCUGCGGCCGGACCAGAUGCAGCUGGCCCUGGGCCUGUGGGUGAUGACGCUGAUCGCCGUCUUCGAGGUGGCCGUCAACCCGCUGCUGGCCCGCGCGCGCCUCCUGGACACGCCGCUGCAGCGCAUGACGGUCGGGGGGCUCAUGGCGGCCGUGUCGUUCCUCUGCGCCGCCGUGCUGCAAAUCUACGUCGACAGGCUGGAAGAGGUCGGGGGGCAGGCGCACGUGCUUUGGCAGAUUCCGCAGUACUUCUUCAUGGCUUUGGGCGAAGUCUGGUUUGCCAUAGGAGUGCUGGAAUUCGGCUAUAAAGAAGCACCGCUCUCAAUGAAGUCAACCAUUCAAGCUGUGUUCUUGCUCACUACAUCCAUUGGUGACACCAUAGUCAUUAUAGUCACCAGUGCUAGUUUGUUUGCGAGCCGAACUACUGAGUUCUUCGUGUACGCUGGCCUCAUGGCGGCGGUCAUGGCCGUGUUCAUGGUGCUCGCCUCACGGUACACGUACGUGGGGCAGCCCUGCACACCGGCGAAGCAGCGGGCCAGUUUCGGUGCCAAACGACAAGUGAAGGGAAGUGACAGUGCAAUGACAGUGGAAUCGUAGUGGCGUUUUUAACUGAGUUUAUUGCAGCUUUCACACUGUUUCUUCCAUGAUUGUGAGGUCACAGUCAUCGUGUGGUUGCAAUCAGCAACGGCCGCUCUGGACAGCGAGAUCAGUGGCCCUUGCUGAUCUGGCCGUUGACGUACUGAACGGCCUUGUCGAAGUAGAUGCCGGCCUUCUUCUUGAUAGCCGCGACCACCUGAGGAGCCUUCUUUUGCCACUCCGCGCCAAACUUCUGCUUCAGCGCCUGCAGUUUGGGCACGACGGUCUUGUGCCAUUGCUCCUGUGUGUCACCAAUCGAUAAUGAAUGAGAAUCCUAUUUA